UCAGAAUACGGAAACACAAAGAAUUUCCAAGUCUCAAAGAGCUUUUGAAUUUUGAUCACAAUUUGAGAUCGAUGUGUGUGAAAAUGCAAACCUGGGAGCAGCGUCAUACAGGGCUUCUCGUGCUUAGGCUUUUGAUGAAAAUGCUAAAACGAGUUCUCUCGGAAUUUCCAUCAAGAGGCCUUGAUCAGAAUGCUGUUGAGUUUGAUGAAAAUGUUGAAGAAACAAAGAAGAUACCAAAGGAUGUGAAGGAAGGGCAUUUUGCAGUAAUUGCAGUCAAAGGUGGAAAACCAAAGAGGUUUAUCUUGGAGCUGAGCUACCUGAGGAAUCCAGCGUUUUUGAGGUUACUAGAGCAAGCUAAAGAAGAAUAUGGAUUCCAUCAAAAGGGAGCUCUAACAGUCCCUUGUCAACCUGAAGAGUUACAGAAGAUCCUGGAAGACAGAACAAAGAAAAUUGCUAGUGCUUGGGUGUAACAUAAAGUAAAAUAUUACUAGUACAUUCUAGGCAGCUUCUAGGUCGAUUAUAUCGUUUUCUGACGGGCUGAUUAGUCUGAUCUGAACCCUCUUUUCCUCCUAUUAUUUUCAUGCCAAUCACUAAUCAAAUGUGCCAAAGAAAAAAAAAAGUUUUAAUGAUUUAUCAUA